AUGCUUUUGAGAAUGAAAAUUAUUUCAGAUUUAUAACAGUAGAAAAUUUAAGACUAUCAGAAGACAGAAUCUAAUUACACAAAAUAGGCACCUGUAAUUGCAAAUGAUUUAAUUAAUAUUUUAUUUAUGUUCAUGAUUAUAAUUUUAAUCAUAUCCUUUGCCAAGUCUUAAUGGGUCAUUGCAAAUUAUUUUCUCACCUCUCAACAGAUAUACCAAAAAUCAUCCUAUUGCUAUAAUUAUUACACAGAAUACUUUUGUGAAGCAACCUCAUAUACUACAGCAAAUUUUAUUACUUGUCAAUAACCUUAGCGUAGUUUUAUCACUUUGAAUCAAUCUUUCAAAGGAAUCAGAUAAUACAGUACUUAUUCAUUCAAUAGUGGAUAUUUCAUAUCUUUUGAUUUAUACUUUGGAGGUAAGUGGGUUAAUGAUGAAGUAGUUUUUGAAGUUGGAUCCUUUUAAAAUAAAUUUUCAUAUACUUCCCCUGAUAUAUACCCAAUUACAUAAGGGUUUUGUGACUCCCUUUAAACCGACGUAAAGACAGUUAAUUUCACUAUACCAAGCUAUUAAUCUGGGUAAAUGAAAUUCAGUUUGUCUACCAAAAAUGCAGGAUCUGUUUCAAUCAAUAUGAUUAUCACAUCAAGAAAAAGUUCAAUAAUAUGCUACCCCUCAUGUUCAGCAUGUAUAGGGCCAGAGCAAAACUAGUGUUUAUCUUGUUUUUAUGGAGUACCAGCAAAUAAUAAAUGUCCGCAAUGUCCAAAUAACUUAUAUUAUGAAAAAAACUCAGGGUGCAAAAUUAAUUGUAAAUUUGAGAAUUCUAAAUUUUCAAAUGGAUUUUGUUAGGCAUUUGAUUGUAAUUUGAAUCAUAUAUUUUAGAUUAUUCAUUAAUCUUAUUCGAUUAUUAUAUAGGAGAAGUUAGUAUGUUAAAAUGGCAAUAACUCUACGAUCCCCUGCAUAUAAGCACAUAUCCACAAUAUACUUAUACAGGUUCAAAUAAUUAUGCCUACGGCAUCUUUAGAUAUAAUUCUGGAAUAGGUAGAUACAUUAAUGAAAUAACCGCAUCCUCAUCAACAUCCACCUAUGGUUAUGGACUUAGAAUAUAAUUAUAGUUAUUCGAUAAUUUAUAGCUUGGGACAGGAAUAAGAUUUAUGAUUAAUAACACUUACUAUAGUUCUAUUUACAAAGAUUCUUAAGGGAUCCAAACACACAGAAUUAGCAUAGGUAGCUAGAGCCAAUAUUCUUUCAACUCAUACAUGAUGACCACUCUUGAUCUCUAUAUGUUUGUUGAUAUGCUCUAAUAUCCAUUCUACUUUUCAGCAAUUGGAAAUCUCACGUAAAAUUAUAAUUUAUCUAAGUGGUUCAUCAGGAUGGGGUUUAAUGUCUCUCUAAUUUACAAAGGGACUUUGCCCAAGGAAUUGUCAGAUGUGUGAUGUACCUUAUUAAUGUAAAAAAUGUUAUUCUGGCUAUUUUGUGAAUAAGGAUGGUAAUUGUAUUUAUUCUUGUUCUUCUUUCACUUAAAAAGUCGUAGGAGACUAUUGUUAGGAAUAUGAAGACGAAAUUCCUUGUAAUUAAUCUUAUUUUAUUUAUAGAUUCAAAAUAUUUGAUAAAAGACUUUUAUGAUUUAGCUAAUGAUCAAGAUUAAUAUCCUGAAUACAAAUUACUCUCCUAAGAGGGAGUUAACUUUUUAAAAGGUGAAUAUAUCCAUUAUUCUACUUAUAAUAGCAUUAGAAUAUUUGGUGGGUAAUAUGUUUGGAGUUAGGCUGUAUUUUAGAGAAUUCAUUAAAUUAGCAAUAAACCACACCAUAGAAUUACUAUUUCCUUUAGAAUUGUCUUCGGUCCUAAUUUUCCUUCAGAUAGCAGAUUUAUUUAUACUGUUGAUGAUAAUGCACCUAUUUCAAAUUCUAGGUAAGGAAGUAGUCCAUUUUUCAUAAAAAAUACAUUUGUCCAUACAUAAGAUGAAUUAACAGUAAAAUGGGAAUGCUAUGGAGUAAACAAUGAACCAAUCAAUGCAUAUUGUGGAUUCUAUAAUUAUUUCAUUGUAGUACAUUAUUGUUAACCCUAUUGUUUAUAAUGUACUGAUUAAGAUACAUGUCUAGAAUGGGAAUAAUAUGAUCAAGUUUAAAUUCAGUUAUCUUAGACUGAGUGUUAGAGUGAAUAAUACUAUGAUAAAUUUGAAUUAAAAUGUAAAAGUUGUCCUUCUUCUUGUUUAACAUGUUAAUCAUCAUAUUAUUGUCUAACAUGUAAACCUACUUUCAUUUUGACUAAAUUAGGAUGUGUGUGUUAGACAAAUUAAUAUGAUGAGGCCAAUUAGUGUAUGAAUUGCCCAUAACAAUGUGAAUAAUGUCUAAAUUCAUCAUUCUGUGUUAAUUGUUCAUUCUAAAAAUAUCGAACUCUAAUGAAUGGAUAAUGUGUAUGUCUAGAUGGAUAUUACUCAAUACCCACAAAUCCUUAAUGUUAGAGAUGCCAUUACUUUUGUAAAACUUGUUCAGGAUAUUCACAAUGUAUCGAGUGUUAGAAUAUCAACAAUAUUGAGAAAGUUGAUUCUACAUGCAAAUGUAAAGCUGGUACAGCGUAUCAAGAUUCACUUAAAACAUGUGCAGCCUGUCAUUAAACCUGUUUGACUUGUUUUAAAAUUUCAAUAAGUGGAUGUUUGACUUGUAAUUCUGUUUAAAAGAGAGUGUUGAGAGGAUUGAAAUGUGAAUGUCAACCAGGGUAUUAUGAAUUGAAUAAUAUUUGCGAAGGUAAUCUUUAAUCUUAUUUUAGAUUGUCCUAAUUUAGAGGAUAAUUAAUUAAGUCAAUGUUAUAAUCAAUGCAAUAACAAUCAAAAAGUAUGGCAUACAACUAUUUGUAGUGCUUGUGAUAGUGACUAAGAAUUAGUCCAAAAUAAUUGCUAACCCAAAUGUGGAGACAAUUAAUUAUAGCUUUAUGAAGAAUGUGAAGAUGGUAAUAAUACAUUAGAUGAUUUGUGUUAUAAUUGCUAAUUUUAAUGUCCAAUACAUUGCUUGA